AUGGGGGAAGAGCAGUGGUGUGCGGAGUGGAACCUUGUGUGUGGAGACGGCUGGAAGGUCUGGCUGGAGCAGGUGAGCCACCUCCUGGGCUGGCGGCUGGGCUGUGUCGUCCUGGGAGCAGGCUGUGACCGGUUUGGACGCCGGGCAGUUUUUGUGGCCUCCCUGGUGCUGACCACAGGCCUGGGGGCCAGUGAGGCCCUGGCUGCCAGCUUCCCUACCCUGCUGGUCCUGCGCCUACUCCACGGGGGGACAUUGACGGGGGCCCUCCUCGCCCUGUACCUGGCUCGCCUGGAGUUGUGUGACCCUCCGCACCGCCUGGCCUUCUCCGUGGGGGCUGGCCUUUUCUCGGUGGUGGGCACCCUGCUGCUGCCCGGCCUGGCUGCGCUUGUGCAGGACUGGCGUCUUCUGCAGGGGCUGGGCGCCCUGAUGAGUGGACUCUUGCUGCUCUUUUGGGGGUUCCCGGCCCUGUUCCCCGAGUCUCCCUGCUGGCUGCUGGCCACAGGUCAGGUAGCUCGAGCCAGGAAGAUCCUGUGGCGCUUUGCAGAAGCCAGCGGCGUGGACCCGGAGGACAGUUCCUUGGAGGAGAACUCCCUGGCUACAGAGCUGGCCGUGCUGUCUGCAGGGAGCCCCCAGCCCCGGUACCACUCCCCUCUGGGGCUCCUGCGCACCCGAGUCACCUGGAGAAAUGGGCUUAUCUUGGGCUUCAGCUCGCUGGUUGGUGGAGGCAUCAGAGCUAGCUUCCGCCGCAGCCUGGCACCUCAGGUGCCGACCUUCUACCUGCUCUACUUCCUGGAGGCCGGCCUGGAGGCGGCAGCCUUGGUCUUCCUGCUCCUGACGGCAGAUCGCUGUGGACGCCGCCCCGUCCUGCUGCUGGGCACCAUGGCCACAGCCCUGGCAUCUCUGCUGCUCCUCGCUGGGGCCCAGUAUCUGCCAGGCUGGACUGUGCUGUCCCUCUCUGUCCUGGGGCUCCUGGCCUCCCAGGCUGUGUCUGCACUCAGCAGCCUCUUUGCGGCCGAGGUCUUCCCCACGGUGAUCAGGGGGGCCGGGCUGGGCCUGGUGCUGGGGGCUGGGUUCCUGGGCCAGGCAGCCAGCCCCCUAGACACCCUGCAUGGCCGGCGGGGCUUCUUCCUGCAACAAGUCGUCUUCGCCUCCCUUGCUGUCCUCACCCUGCUGUGCGUCCUGCUGCUGCCUGAGAGCCGAAGCCGGGGGCUGCCCCAGUCACUGCAGGACGCCGACCGCCUGCACCGCUCCCCACUCCUGCGGGGCUGCCCCCGCCAGGACCAACGGCCUCUGCUGCUGCCCUCCGACUCCUGCUGCGCCGGCCACACCCCUGAGCAGCACUAGUCCUGCCUGGUGGCCCUGGGAGCCAGGAUGGGACCAAGCUGAAGGCCUGGGGCAUGGCUGAGUACCCUAGACGUCUGGUCCAGGGCAGACACAUUCCUCUCAGAAGCCCGUGUCUCGGUGCAGGUGGAGCCGUGGGGACAGAGUGAAGGUGUCCCCAGCCAGGCCCCAGGCAGUGGGAGGCCCUGGGUCACCCCCCGGCCACACCCAGUAGGUGUGGAGGAUAAAGGCUUCUGUGGAA